AUGGCUUGCCACGAAGUCCUGAUGAUGCUCUUGAGAAUGAGCCAAAGAGCAAGACGAAAAAAUGGCCAAGCUUUGAUAGUGGUCAUAGCAGGCUUUCAGAAGACUCUAGUGAAGAUAACUUGGACGAUGUUAGAUUAUCUAAAACCACCCUCCGCGUCACUGGCUCCUCCCACUUCGAUGACAAAUGACGUCAUCGUGGAUUUGAACAAGGUACAGCGGCAGCAGCCUAUUCUAGAGCACUCUGGCGCUAAAUUUAGAAACAUGAUCAAGCCAAGAAACAGGAGGCCGAUCACUUAUGUGUCUCAGAGAUUGUCCCCAAUGCCAAAUAUCCUGGCAGAAGUUGAUGAGGAAUCACACAGAAGCAGCAAGUCGUCACUAACAACUGGCUCUAAUCCUAAUCUCUUAAACGCUGCAGACGCUGGUGGCGAUAGCACUGCUAGGAGAUCUUUCGACCUUGACACUGCAGCAACAAUAGCAGCGACUGCAGCAGCAUCAACAGCGACUGUAGCAGCAACACCGCAUCUAACAGCGUUUAAAGAGAGCUCAGUCAGUCGCGAAUCACCAACUGCCCACCAGCCACAUGCAACGACAACUGCUACAUCCCAAAAGACUGUUCCGCUUGUUUCAAACAUGAAGCGUAAUAAAAAUCUCUUUGCGCCUAGCCUAGAAGAAAUUACACAAAAACGAAAAACAAUAGCGUCGCUGCCGUCUAACAUUAACGACGACGACGCUACUACCACUAAUUCUACAACUACCACUUCUACUACUACUACUGCUGCUUCUACAGCAGCUGCUUCUACUUCUGCAAACAAGGUUUCAGCAGAGUUUUCUAACAUGACGAGAAAGUCAUCUUUUAAAAUGUUCCCAGAAAAAAAUGCACCUGCUAGAAGCGAAAAGAAGGAUGGCGACGACGACAACGAUAAUAAUAGGCCUAGAGGUGGUUCGUUUGCAUUCAAUAGGACGCGGGUUGAGAAAAAUAUCAACUCGUCCCUAUCAACUACGGAGCUCUCUGGCGCGUCAGCCACUCUUUCUCAAAAAAAUCUUGAAGGGACCAAGAUUCCACCGGCUGUUAUGAAGAAAGGCCGACAUGUGCCUGACGUCAACGCUCUCAGUGAUAAAUUCAUCGAAGAUAAGAAGAUGAAUGACAGUAAGAGUGAUGACGAGAGGACAGCUGAUAAAAAAGCAGACGAAAAGCAUCAGGACCACGUGAUCAGUAAUAAAUCAGAUUUCAAAUUCAGACGUAAACAGGAUGACACUAAAAAUGACGUCAUCAAACAUGAUGCUGUUGCAGACGUCGUCGUCGUUGUACCCGAUGCAGCUGAUGCUAAACCCUUCAAAAGCGUGAAGCACAACAACUUCACUAGCAACAAUAUAUUCCUGAAUAACGAUAGCAACUUGAUUAACAAAAGGAAUAAGGAUGAUGCUAGUCCGGAUUCAUCCAAACAUCCGUCUGAUACAGCAGCAGCAGUAGUAGCAUCAGCAGCAGCACCACAUAAAACCCCGUUAGCACCCUCGCUCACUAAUUCAUUCCUACCUCCUGUUAUUAAAAAUGUGAAAGUUUUAUCAGCAACAUCGCCUGAGACAUCAUCGGCCUAUAAUUCUCUGGAAAAAACCAAAGAUGUUGAGAAAAAAUCUGAAAUGGAAGCCAAAAUUGAAACUAAAAUUGAUAGUAAAAUUGAAAGUAAAGCUGAAGCUGAGCACACUUCCCAGCCAGCAUCGAAACCGAAACUACCGGAAUUGAAAUCAGUCGAGAGAUUUGUGAAAAAGAUAGAUGAAAAUGAUAAAAAAGAAAAUAAGGAUGAAGAACUGGCGAGACGCAGCUUCAAGAGUAGCGGCGUUAAAAUGAGUUCGAAAUCCUUUAAAUACCCUCAUGUAGAUAAUCCCGAAUCAGAUAAUCUCAACAAGUUUGGCAAGAAGACCAACAGGUUGAAUUCGGUUGAUGCCGCUGAAUCUCAGGCAACUGCUGCAAACGCUUCAUCGACUUCUUCUACAACCGCAUCACUGCUGCCCUCGUGUACGCCUGCUCACUUCUCUAGAAACAAAGAGUCUUUAGAAUCAGCAACAACUGUGCAAUCAGCUGCCGAGAAAGUUAAAGAAAAUGACACAAUACCAUCUCAGCCAUCUACAUUUUCGUCCUCUUCGUCCUCUUCUUCGCAUCCUAAUGAUGCUUUUGAGAGCAGAAGAAACAUGUUCGGCGCUAGAUCAGUCAAGCCCACUGUCAGCACUACCGCGUCAUCAUCGUCGUCGCCAUCAACAGCUGCUACUACAUCGCCGAUAUUGCAACCCUCAGUAAACACAACAUCUACUACACCGUCUGAGAACAAAACCUCACCCAACAUAGCUAAGAAGCCAGCCAAUCAACUUCGCUCGGACAAACUGCCAUCAUCCUCGACAGCCAAUGACAAGCAAGAUCAUGCAGCUCCUGUCCAAUCAAAUUCUAAUAUUACAAAAAAGGAAUUCCCUGGCAAGCAAAUAACCCCAGGAGCCCCUGGUUCACCCCCUCCUGAACCAUUCAAACCAUCGUUGCUUGCCUCCAAACAACCAGCUGCAAAAUUCGGCAGUUUUAAAGAUAGAGGCACUAAUAAAUCUCCGUCGUCGUCAACAACAACAACAUCAUCCUCUUCGUCGUCAUCAGCAACAACUACAACGUCUGCAGCUGCUUCGACAGCUGCUAAACUGAAUGCCACAUCAACAGCUACAACAACAACAUCAGCAACAAAUGUUAUAGUAUCAUUGAAAGAUGUUAAGCUGAACAUCUCCCCUAUAGAAAAGAAUGGCGCCAAUAAGGUUUCAGACGUUCAACUAAAAACUGUCACCACUAACAACAACAACAACUCCAACAACAACAAUAAUAAUAAUGCCCCAUCGAGAGAUAAAUUUCCAAUCGCAGCAAGCAGAAAUCUCGCGCCAACAACUUCUACAGACAAUAAAAACAACAGCAAAACAGCAGCAACAACAACAACAACAGCUUUUGAGAAGACGAACGAUCCCAACAACGGCAACAAUGUGAACGCUGUCUGCAGUAGUAAGAACCUGUUUAAAACCACAUACACUGCCAACCUCAGCAAACCUAACGCCAGCAGUACAACCAAUGUUAAUCAUAGCAAUGCUACUACUGCUGCUACUGCUACUACAGCUACUACUGCAAGUAACGCUAGUGGUAAUGCUAGUAGGGAUGUUACUAGUACUGCUAAAAAUAGCGCUACUGAUGCUAUAAAUAAACUUCGGAAAACUCCAGCUUCUGCCGGCUGGAAAACAGUUUGA